AUGGAAGAAUGUCACUUGGUGUUUAAAUGCCCAAAGUGCUGUAAAGUUUGGCUCUGGCAGGAGGUAUGUGCACUGGCCUGCCUAACGCAGGAAGAGCGGAGCUCCUGUGAGGAGAUAAUCAGCAGGAUAACAACACAAGCGGAUGAAUCUUUCAAAAAGUGUCCAGAAUGUGGUCUGUAUGUACAGAGAGUGGACCUGGAGAAGCUGUCUGCGGAGUGUCUGCCGUGCUCUGAGACAAAAAAGAAAGUCUUUGUGUUUUGCUUUGACUGCCUGAGGGAAUGGAGGAAUCCUGAUGUGCAGAGCAACUCAUGCGGUAAUGGUGCCUGCACGUUUACAGCCCUGCUCCAAGGCUGUCCCACGAUCAACGUACAGAAUACUGUUGUGCACGGGUGCCCAAAAGUGCGAGCCUGCCCUAACUGUGAGGCGUUAACACAACACUGCCUAGAAGGCUGCAGCAAUAUUGACUGCCCCAACUGCAAUUAUACAUUCUGUUUUCGGUGCCUUGGCUUGAAUGGAAAUCACACAAGAGGUUUACAGGGCUGUUCUAUAGCUGAACGCCAAAAGGUAUUGGGCAAUAAAGUUUACAAGAAAAGAGAGAAAAACAUUCGAGCAUAUCUCUUACUGCAAGCUCAGUUAGAAAUGGAAAACAGAUGGGCUCAGUUACAAAUGCACAGAGUUACCAGAGCUGAUGGACCUCAGCAGCCAAGUAAUCAACCUUGAGAAAUCUGAAUGGUUUGCUGACGACUUGGGAGCUGGUUGCUUGACAGCCGGUGGAGGUUGUCUCAGCUUUUACUGUAGGAGUUUGUCUAUUCCAGUGAAACCAAGUCCCAUAAAUGGGGACUUGGCAGGUGGUGGUAGGUCUUGAACAGACCCAACACCAAGUGUCAGCUAAUCACUCCUGAGAAAUGUUUUUUGCAUGUUUCUUAAAUUUUGCAACAGAACUGAUAUUCCCAACCUUGUAGAGCAUCUCAACAGCCUCAUAGCUGUAGAUAAUAGAGACCUCUGUGAGAUUCCCAGCCAAGCCUGUAAAUGAGCGAAGGACCUUCUUCAUCCAAACUUCUCUCGUGAACCUCAUAGGAUGUGUAUAGCCUGUAAGUGAUAUCCCUUGUUCAGGGAAUGAACUGUACACUAACAUGGUGGCCUUGCAAUCGUGCAGGUGUGUGGCCACUUUGUUUGUGAAAACAGAUAUUGCCUGUCUAGAACUGCUCUUGCUGUACAUCUCAGAGUGUAAGAUCAGCUUUGUCUGGCUUGCUAACCUUCCUCAAUCGUGAGAGAAAUGCACGCAACUCGUAUUGUGCAAAAGGAACACUUUGAUAGACUGUAAUGCUUUGGUUAUUUUCUUUUUCUCAAUAAAGCAAAUUGUAUGACAGGCUCGAGCUCUUUAUUAUACACACGCACCAUUCUUUUAAUCUUUCAAAUAGACUCUCUCCCCGUCCGUUUUUUCUUACUGAUUCCCUCCACAAUUAAAACAUUUUUGAAUUGUUUCUCUCUCCCUCCUUAAAAAGAUUUUUUUCACAUUGUGAAGAGGGUUUAGCUUCUGUGGCCUCUCUUCAUGUCUCAUUGACAUAAGAUCUGUGACUCAGCCUCACAUUUUGUGAUUAUUUUUCUCAUUAAUCAGCCAAAUU